AUGGUUCUCUUGCGAGAGCCAGCCUUCUACGACCAUGCGAGCUCCUCACACGCCAAGAGGGAUCAACUGACUAUCACAUCCCUCGCAAGCACGAGCACUGCUCGUCCGGUCAUCAUCAACAAUCCUCAUGUUCUGAUUCCCGCCAGUACAGCCGACGAAGCGCGUCCUGCUAAGCUGAGCAGAGAGGACUCGUUUCAUUCGUGUCAGUCCGAGAUGGACGAGCCCGCUUCGUCGAUCAUGUCCCUGCCCGUCGAGACUCUCAGCAAGAUCGCUAUCAUGUCAGGCAGGGAUGACAUUGGCAGCUUGUUCGGACUCAGCUCGGUCAAUCGUCUGUUUCGCCAUCUCAUGGAGUCGGACUAUAUUUGGUGUAUGGCCACCUCUACGCCCAUCAAUGAUGAUCUCGUCGCAUCAGGGCGAAUCGCACGUGCAACGGCUAAAGACAAGUAUCUUCACGUCUGUUUUCGAUGCAAUGAACAUGAUCCCAAGGCCAUCUCUAUCCUCAUCAGUCUCGCCACGCCCAACAGUCGCAGAGUGCCUUUCUGUCGAAGCUGCCAUGAACUCGCCGUUCGACCGCGCUACGAGAAAAAGUCGUUCAGCAACUUUGCAGCAGCUUACUGGGCCUGGCGAGCCGCUCAACGUGCUAAGGGCGUCAGAUACACCCAGAACGAGAUCAGGACAGACGCAUGGGUCAGACAACAAGCACUCUGGCGUAUCGGCAUCUUUGGCAUCACUUGGGACCAUCUCUGGAACUUUGACCACUAUGUCACUGCGGAGCUCAAGGCAAUGUGCCGCGUGUUCGUCUUCCAUUGCGGUCAGACUCAAGUCACGAUCGAACAAGUCUCGGAAGCUCUUGCCCUCUUUCGCAAGCGUUACAAACCCUUCAAUGACUGGGCCAAAACUCACGAAAGCGCAAUAAAGCGAGUCAAAGGUGUUCGUCCUGAUCCUAUAGACGUUUGGCAAGCUCGCGCAACCGUCGCUGAUCAGCGCUGCCAUCUCAAUUUCCAGGCCCUUGGCUUGCAUCUUGCCAAGCCAGACUGUCAGCUCCUCUCUCGCGAGUUCGGUGUCAGAGCGGCCAAAGGUGUCAGUGCAAUCCAAUAUCGCCUCGGCCCCAUCGUGCUCGCAAGACACAAUGAGAAAGCUCAGCUCUCGACAGAGCUUGACAAAGUGCCUCAGUGGAUCGAAGAGUACGUCAACGAAGCCGAAGGACCGCUCAAUUGUAUUCGACUCAACUGCACGCAUUUCGCUACGCCUGGCUGCAAGUGCUGCCUCUGUGCUAUCCACUGUACUCCAGCCGAGCGUGCCUACCUUCGUAGACCUCCCACGUGCGCAGUCCAUCGCGCUCGCGAAAAGGCAGCGGCCAAGGCAGCCAGAGCAAACGCACGAGCGCCCAUUGCGAGUGGCUCCGGUCUCGCACCGAGUCGUCCAGCUGGUAUCCCGCAGAGACCAUAA